AUACAGUUGCAUUUUACGCAACCCCAGUUGAAAUAGUAAUAAUACAAUCAGGCACGACUAAGCAAGGAGGAAUGAUUUCUGUAAAUGGCUUAGGCAUUGUUAAAUCCAAAUUCUCACACCCCAAAAACCCAUUUGUUGUCCCUCUGCUCUUCUCCAACUCCAAAACCUCUUCUUUUUCUUCUUCUUCUUCAUCUUCGUUAUUGACAUUAAGACCUAUUUCUUCUUCAAUGUCUUAUGACAAGGAGCUCGUUGCCGCUAAGAAGGCCGCUUCGCUCUCUGCUCGCCUCUGCCAGAAAGUACAAAAGGCUUUACUGCAAUCGGAUGUCCAAUCAAAAUCAGAUAAAAGUCCUGUUACAGUGGCUGAUUAUGGCUCACAAGCACUAGUUAGUUUUGUGCUACAGAGAGAGCUUCCAUCCGAAACAUUUUCACUGGUGGCUGAAGAGGAUUCAGGAGAUCUUUGUACCAACGAAGGCCAGGAAAUUUUAGAGCGCAUUACAAAACUUGUAAAUGAUACCCUAGCUAGUGAUGGAUCAUAUGGUGUCUCUACUUUAUCCACAGAGGAUGUGCUCAAGGCAAUUGACUCUGGCAAGUCGGAAGGUGGUUCUCAUGGCAGACAUUGGGUCUUGGACCCGAUAGAUGGUACAAAAGGGUUUCUUAGAGGAGAUCAAUAUGCAAUUGCCUUAGGAUUGCUUGAAGAAGGGAAAGUAGUGUUGGGUGCACUUGCUUGCCCGAAUCUUCCAUUAUCUUCCAUUGGUAGUGCAAAUCAAUCUCCCCUGCAUGGUGAGAUUGGUUGCCUUUUCUUUGCUGAAGUUGGGACCGGAACAUACAUGCAACCGCUGAAUGGUGCAUCAGCAGUAAAGGUGCAAGUCAGUGCAAUUGACAAUCCUGAAGAAGCAUCAUUCUUUGAAUCGUAUGAAGCAGCACACUCUAUGCACGACUUGUCCAGCUCAAUUGCAAAAAAACUUGGAGUUAAAGCACCGCCCGUUAGAAUUGAUAGCCAGGCAAAGUAUGGUGCUCUAGCCAGAGGAGACGGGACUAUAUAUCUGCGUUUCCCUCGUAAAGGUUACCGGGAGAAGAUAUGGGAUCAUGCUGCUGGAUAUAUAGUUGUGACAGAAGCUGGUGGAGUGGCCACAGAUGCUGCUGGAAACCCUUUAGAUUUUUCUAAAGGAAGAUAUCUGGAUCUUGACACUGGCAUCAUUGUCACCAAUCCUAAGUUGAUGCCAUCUCUUUUAAAGGCAGUUCGAGAAUCCCUUGACGAAAAAGGUUCAUCACUGUAAUUUUUUUUUUUCUUUUUUUCUGUACUUAUGAUGAUUUCCCCAUUUCUUUUAUGAAGUUAUGUGAGAGUUAUUCUACAUCUGUCUUGCGCUUUGCGCUAAUUUUGAAACUAUUUUUAUUUUUUAUCGCA